ACUAUAAGUUAACUGUUAUCACUAAUAAGAACGAAAUGGUUCUUUUAAAACAAAUUCAUAUCACUAGGAGAAAGUUGCGUGGGAGGCUGCGAAAAAUGUGGAUCUUCUUAUUUUUCUAUUUAUUGGAUUAGGUAUCUAAGUUUACGUAUCGGAGACUAGUCUCGAGGUUUGAAAGCAGACUUAAACUUUUAAUUUCCCCAUUCAACAUUUUUACGUCAUGGCAGCUUUAAAUUUGAGAUCUUGUGUUUAUUUUCCUUACUUGCUAAUCAUAAUUCAAAAUAUCACAGUGUUGGUAAAGUCUAGUUCUCCUUCAUCUGACGAUGAGGAACUGGACGAGAAGACAAAGGAAGCUUUGGAAGCACAAGCAGGAAUGAACACACCUGGGCCUGGUGAGAUCGUCACUGCCCUUUACCUCUCCAAAAUAAUUCCGGAUGUGUUAGAUCGAGCUCCUAAUAUUACUGUCAAUAUAACAUGGCCUGGUGGUGCUGAAGCAAAACUAGGUAACAAACUUUCACCGAAAGAAAUUACAGAACCACCACAGUCAGUGACAUGGGCAGACAACAACCUCAAGCCAACCAGUAGUGAAGAUCAUUAUUUUACUCUGCUUUUCACAGGCCCAGAUCACCCGUCCAAAAUAAAUCCGGAACAAAGAGAGUUCUUGUUCUGGCAUCAAGUCAAUAUCCACGGAUACUCACAAGUAUCACACGAUAGUCUCGUAGCAUACUUAGCUCCUAAACCUGCGAACGGAACAGGUAAACAUCGCUACGUUUUCUGUGUAUACCGACAACCGUCUAAGCUGGAUUUUGACGAACCUGCCAUCAAUGAAACAGAUUACGAGGACCGGUGGCGCAUACAUUGGGACACGAGACAUUUCGCAAAGAAGUAUAAUUUAGGAGAUCCUUACGCAGUUAAUUUCUUUUACUCCGAGUUUCAGGGAUAAACUCCUCAAUCGUUAUUUGUAAAGCUAUAAAUAAAGUCAUAUUUCUUAAAACUA